AUGGAGCUUGCGAGCUCUGCUUUGGUGGAGUUGAAAGACUUCGAAGGGACCGGCCGGGGUGUGGCUGCCCUGCGCGACACGGAGGAAGGUGAGGUGCUUUUGGAGGUUGAACUCAAGCACUGCUGGACAGCGGAAAGGGCAAGAGAAGCCUUAGGAAUCGAUGGCCUCAGCGAGAAGGAGGCCAUCUUGGCACAUCUCAUGGUCGCAAGCGCAGGCAAAGACGGCGGAAAGUCACCGUCCUGCCACCUACAGCAGCUGCCUACACUGGAAGAAAUGAAUCUUCCGAACUUCUGGGCAAGUGAGGACCUCGACGAGCUGGAAGGAAGCGAGGUGCAGACUCACGCCCUGAGACUCCAAGAGGAGCUUCCGGAGGACUUCUCGCAACUCUGCAAGAAGCUGAAAUCAUCAACUUUCGAGCUCGCCGAGACAUUGAGCUUCGCAAGCUACCAGUGGGCUUGGAGCAUUUACUCCUCCAGGGUCAUGUCCUUGAGUGUCAGCGAGGGCAGCCCGAUCUUCGCCAUAGUGCCAGGGCUGGACAUGUUCAAUCAUUCGCCCUGGGUGCCUCCUGGGCUCUUCAAGUUGGAUUGCGAACGGAACAUGGUCGUCAUGAGAGCCGGCGUGCGGUUGGCUGCUGGCGAGCAGGUCUUCAUCAACUACGCGCAGCCUAUGUUCAACAGCCAAAUGCUGCAGUCCUUUGGGUUUGUCCUUGAGGAGGAGGAGGAGGCGCUUCAGAGCUCCCAGAUCACGCUCUCCCUUCAGGUUUCUGCUGCCAAGCUGAUGCUGCAAAAGCGGCUCCUGGAUGCUACGGACGGAGGCCACGAGAUGCUUCACAGCCCAGCAUCGGCUGACUUCGAAGGGUUGCAAGAGCUGAUCGUCCGGCACACGCUCACCCUGCAGGAGCCGCUGCCCCCUGCAUUCUUGGGUAUGGUUCGGGCUCAGCACUUGCAGGGAGACGCCCUCCACCCGUCUGCGUCUGCAUCGUGCCUGCAGGGUCUGCAGGGCCCGCAAGCCAAAGAGGAGAUGCGAGCUUUGCUCCUGGUGUCCCUGCUCUUGCAGGGCAAAUUGUCGGAACUCCGUGGGGGCGACUUGGAAGAUCGCCGGGUGCUGCAGAGCGGCUCUCUCUCCGGUGCUCGACGCCUGGCGCUUUUGCAGCGCUGCGGCGAGCGACGGGUUUUGUUGGCCGCCCGUGCGGAGGCGGAGCGGCUGCAGCUUCGCUGCCUGCAGCAGGCCCUGGACCGUUCAACGGAUUGCCGGGAGAAGUGCGAGCACUGCCCGGAUUGCCAGAAGGCCCAAACGCCAUGGCUGCACCGACUGCAGGCAGCUAGCGGACGUUUGCAGGCAGAAGUGUCAUCCGUGGCAAGUCUCAGCAAAAGCCUCUUCGACCGCCUGGAGGCGAGGCAUUUAAUCCAAGCCUGCCACCUCAUCAACCUCUGGGUCGUAGGCAUCUCUCCGCCGGCCGUGCCUCUCGAGACCGUGCAGAAGCUCUGCAUCGCUCCAGAGACCUGGCCUUCGUCUUGGACGUCCCCAACUCCGGAGGCAAAGACUCAGCCGAAGGUUUGGGAGGAGGAGAGUCUUGAGUAUCUUCAGAUCUACGUGCAGAAGUUGCAGCUAUGGGGAUCUUGGCUCCUGGCACAAUGGAUGCAUGCAGAGGCCGUUUUGCUGGAGGAGCUCAGUGCCAUGGGAUCGGAGCAGGUCUCCUUACGCCAGAAGUACGCCUGGAGCCUUCCAACGGAGCAGGCCUUGGAGGCCUUGCAGCGCCGGGCACCCUUGUUGGAGGUCGGGGCCGGCAAGGGCUACUGGGCGUCCUUGCUGAGAGAGCGGUCGGUGGACAUCCUGGCCUUCGAUUCGGCCCCGGACCCAAGAUUCAACCCCGAGGGGCCUGAGGCCGUUCUGGAGGAGACGUCGAAGUCUACGAGGUACUGCGAGGUCUUGGAGGGAGGGGUUGAGGUGGUGCAAGAGCAUCAGGCUGGAAGGACUUUGGUCUUGAUGUGGCCGGACUGGUUGGGUUUGGGCACCUAUGGCCUGGAGUGCUUAAAGGCCUAUGAAGGCAAAGAGCUGAUCCUCGUCGGCGAGUGGCGGACAAGCACCUUCGGAUCUUAUGCGCCCAGCAUCUCUCAGCAUGGCCAAUCCUUUUCCCUUGAGUUUCAGAAGAAAGUCGAGAGUGACUUCUGCCUGGUAGAAAGGAUCGAGUUGCCGAGAUGGCCGCUGUUCUUGGAUUGCUUGCAGAUCUUCCGGCGCGUGCAAGCCUUGAUGAAUCUGCGCAGUUCACUGACUGGUCGACGUGGUCCAGUGUGGCGGCGAGGGCGGAUCACAACACAGGAGCGAACCUUCGAGGAGAUUGCCAACUACCUCCUUUCGGGGGAGAACGACUACGCCUCCUUUCAGGAGAUCUGCAAGAACUUCGACCCGCCGGCGGACCCGCAGCAAAUCCGGGCCGUCAUCGAGAGAUAUCCAGAUAGGUUCACAGUCAGCAGAGACACCGUGACGGUUGUGGAUGCGCACCGGAAGGAAGCCAUCACCUGCAUGAUUAAGAAGCUGGUGGUGCGGGACAUGGCGCAUGUGGAGAUUGACCCGAACAAGGCCUGUGAGCACAUCUGGCAAGCGGCUCACUAUGCUCUGAAAGCAACCCCGUGCCGAGUCGCGCAGAUCCUCGGCUCUGUGGCGAAGGCGACCCUGACGUACCCGGACGAGGUUGGGAAAGGCGUUUAUCCGGCCAAUAUGCCCCUGGCCCUUGCCUGCCUCAUCGACCGCAUGGUGUACUUGGCCCGACAGCGAGGCUCCCAGCUCUUGGAGAAGGCUCUCAGCCCGAAGCUCUACGACAUCCUGCUUCGGAGGUGGGUGGUUGGGCGGAUCAAAGGCAGCCAGUUCCUCGCGAACAUGAUCCUCUUGUGGGAACGCCUCGGCUACUUCGAGGCCAAGGACCUCGACAAGUGCAAGGAAUCGCUGUACAUUCUGAUUGCGUACGCGCGGCAUGACGGAGUGCCUGAUCCCCCCGACAAGGAUUCCGGAGAUGGCUGGUACAAGAUCGCUGCUCGGGACGCUGGCGAGCAGAAGAACACGGAGCCUAUCUGUUCCCAAGACCAGCUGCAGGCCUUGGAAAGGGAGCGGCAGGAGGAGGAGGAUCGGGAACGACAAACACUGGACGAGGAAUUUCAGAAGCGGCGACAGCGAACGAUGCACGCUAUGGCGCAGAUGGGUCUGGGAGAAGAGGAGAAGCCGGACGUUCCGACUGCCGUGCCCGAAAGCCCAAAGGAGGCGCGGGAUGUACCUGUGGAGGCUGUGUCAGCGAUGUUCGAUGCACUUGAUGAGGAGGAACUUUUUGGGUCGGCGCUGCCGUACAACUCUGCGGUGUACAGCGACGAGGAAGAGGCGAUCUUCGGCUCACCUGUCGGCGAGGACACUCCGAGCGAGAUGCCGCCGAGUCCCCCGAAGGCUUCUGGGACCGAGACGGAGGCCGGGAAGGAGGCUGCGCAGUCCGACACCGUAGAGCCCCAGCCUUUGCCGGAACGGGAGGUAGCGGGUCCGGCGGGUCCUUCGCCUUCCCCAGAGCAAAGCGCGACCGAAGAGCAGCGGUCCAAGGAGGCAAUGGACCUGGGAGCGACGCAGCGCGAGCCCCGCAAUGUCGCAGAGGGGUCCUCCCGCUGCCACGGUAUGUACACACAGGAGCCGAGAGUGGUGCUGUGUUUUGUCUCUGAGCUUCAUUGCAUGCUGAGGCCGUACUCAUCCCAGGCCAUUCCUUACCGCCGGUAUCAAUGGUUUCCCGAACAGCUACGGGCAAAGUGCUUGCCGCUUUGGUGUCGGUGGUGCUGCGCUUGCAUCCACUGCUGUAUCCAGUGCAUUCUGUACGGCUGCCGUGCCAGGGCGGUGACUCCUUGCCGGCUACGCAAGCCUACCAGGAAGACUUGUAAUCGAACCGGGCCCUCUCUGCAAUGGCACAUUAGCUGA